CAACAGGUAGGCCUACUCGUCCAGCUGACACAAUGGUGUUUGCGUCAAUCAAAAAUUUCUUUCGCACAAUAUAUCUUCUUGUUAUGGACUUGUACCACUUUCCCGAAGUUCGUAAUAUGGUCAAAUCAGUGGUGCUCGGUUGGAGACAAGCAGGAAAGAGGAUAAAGUUGACAGACAGCGAGGGGAAUAGCUUCAGUGCAGUCGUCGUUAAGGGAAUUCACCUACCGCCGUUUCCUCUUGUAGAAAGUAACAUAAACAAUUAUGACAAGUUUCACGCUCGUGAGGAUGAUGUUUGGAUAGUUAACUGGCCUAAAUCAGGAACACAUUGGGUGUACGAAGUGGUCAAACUCCUCAUGACGGAUCGGGAAGAACUCACUGACACUGUUAAAGAAGGCACCAUGUUCCCGGAGGCGUGCGCUGUGGAGUCCCUGGAAAAACUGCCGUCGCCAAGGGUUUUAGAUACACAUGUGCCGCUGAAGCUGUUUCCAGAAGAAGCAUUGAAGAAAUCUAAGAUUAUCUACACACUACGGAAUCCGAAGGACGCCUUCGUGUCUGGAUAUUAUCAUGUGAAAAACAACGUAGGGUCGGGGUAUGAUGGAACUUGGAAUGGGUGCUUCGACUUAACUAUAGACGAAAAUACAUGUGUGUACGGAUCUUGGUUCGACCAUGUUGCGGAUUGGAUGGAAGUUUUAGAAAAUAACCCCAAUGCUUUGGUGGUCAAAUAUGAAGACAUGCAACGGAACCUGAAGAAAGAGGUACGCCGCAUUGCAGAAUUUCUGGGGUAUCCCAAAUCCGAAGAGAUCUAUGAAAAUGUGACUAAAAAGUGCUCUUUUGGGCACAUGAAGAAAGCAAAAAAAGAGGUGAAAUCUUUCUGGAAGCCAGGAGGCAGCAUGUACAGAAAAGGUAUUGUUGGUGACUGGAAGAACCAUUUCACUGUAGCGCAAAACGAAAAAUUUAAUGCCAUCUUCAACGAGAAGCGAAAUAAACUUAGAGUGAGCGUUGACUUUGAGCUUUGAAGAAUGUAUUUGGGCCAAUAAUUUACCAGUAUAGGUCAAUGGCACGUUUUCAUAAUUGUUCAUCUAAGGGUUUUAAGAUGUUUUCUACAAUACUUUUGCACCAAAUCUAAUUUUAGUCGAGAAAAAAGUGUUUUUCUCUUAUGAACUUACGGGCCAUUGCUUGAGCCAGUCAGAUGUUUAUGCCAAUUCGUAUUCAAUAAUUAUCCAUUUUAGAAAGAUAAAUCGGCAUCGCUUACUUUUUGCCUACUAAUUUACAUGUAGCUUGGGGCAAAUAGGCGGUUUUGCAGGGUAUUUAUACUUAAAUGUGAUUUUGGGACAUUUUAAAAUGCGUAUAGUAUACCUUUAAAUUGUGAUCUUACAAAACCACUCCGAGAACCAUGUUUCUGUGAAAUAGGUAUUGAAAACGUGGAAUAUAGAGCUUUAUCGCAUGUGUUGCUGUUUUUAGAAUAAAUCAUCAUUUACAUAAAUUAUUAUAAAAUUCUACACGAGCUCCAAAACUUCCCACGUUAAGAACGAGUCUAAGACCCCAUUCCCAGAGAUUAGAUCGAUCCAAACUAGAUCGACCUAACUCCCUGGGGU